AACUGGAUCUUAACAGGAGGAACAGUCUUUACAGAGGUGGCUGAUGCUAGAUUUGGAGGGUUUUCCAAGCUGCUCUUCAGAUGGAGGGGGAGCAUCUAUAAGCUGCUGUAUAAGGAGUUCCUGGUGUUCUGUCUUCUAUACAGCUUUUUUAGUGUCUUCUACAGGUUCUUACUCUCUGAAAAACAACAGUCGUUGUUUGAAGAUUUCGCAAUUUACUGUGACCAGUUUACCACCUUCAUCCCCAUGUCUUUUGUACUUGGAUUCUACGUGACACUGGCGUUCAACCGUUGGUGGGGUCAGUACACCAGCUUCCCCCUGCCAGACAACCUGAUGAUGGUGGUGUCGGCCAACGUCCACGGAGUCGACGAGAAGGGUCGCCUGCUUAGACGAACCCUCAUGAGAUACGCCAACCUGGCGUCCGUCCUCAUCCUGCGCUCCAUCAGUACCAGGGUGCGCAGGCGGUUCCCCACACUGGAGCAUGUGGUGGAGGCUGGGUUUAUGACCCCACUGGAACAGACCAAACUGGAAGGUCUGAAAUCAGACUUCAACAAGUACUGGAUGCCCCUGACCUGGUUCACCAACCUGGCCGCUCUGGCCCGGCAGGAGGGCCGCAUCAGAGACGACAUCGCUCUACGGCUGCUCAUGGAUGAGCUGAAUAACUACAGAGGAAAGUGCAGCCUCCUGUUCCACUAUGACUGGAUCAGCAUUCCUCUGGUCUACACUCAGGUGGUGACCGUGGCUGUGUACUCCUUCUUCGGCUUCUGUCUGAUUGGUCGUCAGUUUUUGAACCCUGAGAAAGGUUAUAAAGGUCACCAGCUUGACCUGUAUGUCCCCAUCUUUACUCUGCUUCAGUUCUUCUUUUACGCAGGCUGGCUCAAGGUGGGAGAACUGAUCAUCAAUCCAUUUGGAGAGGACGAUGAUGACUUUGAAACCAACCAACUCAUUGACCGAAAUAUCCAAGUCUCCAUGCUGGCAGUGGAUGACAUGCACCAGAACCUUCCUCCCACGGAGAAGGAUAAGUUCUGGGUGGAGAGGUACUUCUCAGUCCCUUACACCAACUCCACUGUAGCUGAGGCCCAUAGACCGGCCUUUAAAGGCUCCACCUACGACAUGAGGAUGAGUGAAGAGGACCUGACCAUUCACCAUAACACAGACACACCUAUAAUGGGCCAAUACCUACCUGUCUCUCAACGAGGGUCACUCGACAAUGUCCUUACCUGCCGUCUCAGGGGUGGGAGCUUCGACUCUGGUCAGGGCAUCAGCUCCAAACCCUUCACCUAUAAGGAUGGGAAAGAUGACACUGAAAGAGAGCUGAAGAAUGUAUCCCUAGUCAGAGAUGGACAGCUGGAGGUAUCCUGUCUGUAGAUGGAUGCAGGGUUGGGGCAGAGGAAGAUGGCUUUGGAAUGCAUGACAGCCAAUGACAAUGAGCUGCUGUUCAAGAAACUGGGCGAUUCGGAUAUUGAUUCCAUAGUUUUGUUUUUCAUGCACAUGUGUAUGUGAGAUUG